AUGGGGAAACUUCACUCCAAGCCGGCCGCCGUGUGCAAGCGCAGGGAGAGCCCGGAAGGUGACAGCUUCGCCGUGAGCGCCGCCUGGGCCCGGAAGGGCAUCGAGGAGUGGAUCGGGCGGCAGCGCUGUCCGGGCGGCGGCUCCGGACCCCGGCAGCUGCGGGCGGCGGGCACGGCCGGCAGAGGAACCCGGGAGCUGGCGGGCGAGGUUUUCAGAGAGACGCUCAGCGAGGAGGAGGAGGAGGAGGAGGAGGAAGACUUCCGCCUGGAAGUGGCCCUGCCCCCCGAGAAGACCAGCGGGCUGGCCAGUGGCGAUGAGAAGAGGAUGGAGAAGCCGAGCGAAUCCUGUCCAGGCUCCAAGAAGCAGCUGAAGCUGGAGGAGCUGCAGUGUGACGUGUCCGUGGAGGAGGACAGCCGGCAGGAGUGGACCUUCACCCUGUACGACUUCGACAACAACGGGAAGGUCACCCGGGAGGACAUCACCAGCCUGCUGCACACCAUCUACGAGGUGGUGGACUCCUCCGUCAACCACUCCCCAACGUCCAGCAAGACGCUGCGGGUGAAGCUCACCGUGGCCCCCGACGGGAGCCAGGGCCGGAGGAGCCUCCUUCUCCACCACCCCGACCUGCAGAGCGCCAGGCCCCGAGCGGAGACCAAGCCGGCGGAGGAGCUGUGCAGCUGGGACAAGAGGCAGCGGGCCCCGCUCAGGUUCCAGGGGGACAGCCGCCUGGAGCAGCCCGGCUGCUACCACCCGUGUGUGGAUGAGAACAUUGAGAGGAGAAACCACUACUUAGACCUCGCGGGGAUAGAGAACUACACGUCCCAGUUCGGGCCUGGCUCCCCGGCGGUGGCCCAGAAGUCAGAACUGCCCCCCCGUGCCUCCAACCCGACGCGGUCUCGCUCCCACGAGCCCGACGCCGUCCACGCCCCCCAGCGGAAGCCCCCAGGCGCAGACCCCGGCUCGGCCCACGGCCCGGACACCCCGUUCGCCAAGGCCCCGGAGGCCCAGCAGCGGCUCCGCGGCGCCCAGGACGGGAGCAAGCACUUUGUGAGGUCCCCCAAGGCCCAGGGCAGGAACGCGGGCGGGGGCCACGCGGCCAGGGGGGCCAGGGGCAAGCCCCCCCCGGGACCCGCCGUGCCCGCGGCGUCCCCGGCCGCCCGCCUGGCCGCCGGCCCGGGCCUCCUCCCCGCCCUGGCACCCCUCGGGCACAGGAAGCACCGGCACCGGGCCAAGGAGGGCCCGCCGGGGUGCCGGGCCCUGCAGGCCGCGCUGGCCGGCGGCUCGGUGGCCCACGACGGCCAGGCCGGCCAGGCGGUCCAGAGACACGAGCACCACCACCACCACGAGCACCACCACCACUACCACCACUUCUACCAGACAUAG